CCCCCGGCUAAACACGAUUGGUUGUGUGAUGGAAGUGCAGUAAUUUCAUUGCAAAUAAUAGCAGCGGAAUAACCCGGGAGUCAUUUUAUCCUUUAGGGUACUGAAUUUAUUCAUCGUUGACGUAGCAACAUUGACUAGCAGCUUUAACAGAGGGCCUACCGACAUUAAGCCUGUCUUUACAGAGCUACCUAGCAUCAACAUUAAACAAACGGCCGUUACGGUGAACUACAUUUAUGUAGCCGAGUUUAAUGUGAACAUUACAGCCGUUGAAAAUGAACUGGGUUGGGGGUUCAAGGAGCCGGUUAGUGAAAAAUGAUGCUAAAAAGCAGAGGGAGUUCUUUCUAAGGAACAGAAUGCAGCAGAAACUUAAAAACUUGGGGAUUGCUCUGCCAGCAUCGACUCAAAGCAUCUCCUCUGGUAGUAUGGACCUGGUGACGCUGUUUAUCGUCAACCAGAUUGCUGCGAAGAAAGAAAAUAAAGAUCCCCCCAAAGUGGCAGUUCUUGGCAGCUGUGGAGGAGGCUCAUCCAAGCACAGGAGAAAUGAACCUCUGGUACUCCCAAUGAGUCCCUGCUCUCCAUCACAGCUGGACCUCUCUGGGAGCCAGUCAUCUAGCGUUCAAGGAACAAGAAGAGGAAAGCAUGUUAUUCCACAAGGAUUCAAACGUAGACAGCUCUCACCAGUGCUAGAGUCAGCUUUCUCAGACAACAGUGCAUCUGACUACCUGACAUCCACAGCUGACCCCAUGGACCCUUUCUCCUCCUUCUCAUUAGCAUCCCCUGAUCAAGGUAGAGCCAACACACUCUCUACAGGAAUAUUCCCCCUGCAGCAAAGAGAUCAGGCAUGGACCCAGUUACCUUCACACUGUUCCCCUCUGCCCUGGGACACUUCAGUGAUGGAGCAAACCAAGCCCUUUUCUCAGGCCAUAGGUGAGACUGACAGUAUGCCCUGGUCUUAUGGAUCAAGCCCACCCCUGCACCACCUGAAGACGCCCCAAACAGCCCAAGUCCUGUUUGGAAGUCCGGCUCAAUGUUUCACAGAAGCCACAAAUUAUACAGAACACAAAGUCACCUUCUCUCUCAACCAAGCCGAGGACGCAGAGCCCAUGUUGGAUUUCACUCUGAACCAGUCAGCAGCCAAACUACAGUUUCAGGAAGAACUCUUUAGCGGCUUUAACACUGAAGGAUGUGAAGGAGAGGCCUGCCACGUUGGGAGAGGAAAAUCAAAGAUAUAUCUCAGAGAAACCCUUGAUAACUCAUCAACGCCACAAACCGUCCCUGACUCACACGGCAUGGAGGUAGAGGACUCCAGCCGCACCGGCAUCAACUGUUCUUGUCUUCAACACGACUGCCCUAUGAAUGAGUCUGACGAUUCGCCAAACUACUCUUGUGCAAAAAGCUGCUUCAGCUCAGACUCAGAUGAUAAUGAGCAAUGCUAUCAUCCAUGCCUCCCAUCUUCAUACAUGGACCAAAUAUAUUGUGAAGAUAGCAGCAACUCAAACCUUCCCUUGCAGGGUAAUGGGCAUCGAAGGCUUCCAGCUCCACCUCUCAAAUCCCAAAUUAACCUCGGAGAUAACCAGAAAUUUAUGGAGUAUGUGGUUUCUUCAGAUAAAGCUGCAGGCAGUAGCAGUCAGCAAACAGGAAGCAGCACACCUUACUUUGAAUGUCUUAGAGGUCUGGGUCAAACUCAGAGCUCAGAGCUUUGCAAAUGCAAGAAAAACUCCAGGGAAACCCGAGAUGUGGGAACUCAAACUAAUGAGGAACCCUCAGCUGAAACAUGUGAUGCCUCAACUCAGUGCAGCUUUGUUGUGCACAGUGCAAUGAAAGCCAAUAAGUUCAACUGGUGCCUGCCGCCUUUCGAUGUGCCAGUAAAGGAUCCCGCCACAGGGAGGCAGUCUAAUACUUCUUCAGAGUUGAAUGAACACUCACCUUUAUCAGGCAAUGUGAGGAAUGAUGGGAGGUCCAUGUCCUGGAACAACAAGGGAUUCAGAGCUGUUUCCCUGUCAGAUAGCAACAGUGUAAACACAGUUCCUGCUUCCAACAGUGAUGGGAAAAGGAUUCUUCAGGGGCCCAGAAUCCCUUUUCUUGAUGCCUUGAGUGUGACUGAUGGCAAAGGUAAGAAGAGAGUGGGUAAAGAUGAAAAUGGCUGGCUGAUGACAGAUCCAUCAAAUGAAGUGGGGGAGGAGGUCACAUCUGCCACAAAGGUUAACAAGCUCUUAGAAGAGACUGAAACACUUCAGGAAACAGCCGACAUCUUACUCCAGCUCAAGCGGAGGAAAGACGAGGAACAGUAAGAAGGGAAUUAAGCAAAGUAGAGGGCCAGUGUUUCUCUUAGCACCAGCUAAGAUUGUUUCACAAAUAUUAAUCUCCUAAACUUUUGUUCAAUCUUGUG